GUAAUUUAAGAAAUCAUCAUCGUUUGCGUCAAUUAUUAUAUUAUAUAUUAGAGGAGGCGAUAUCUUAGUAGCUCCCAGUAGCUGGCAAUGGGUGAAUCCGAACGAAUAUAUCCACGAAACACUUCCCGAUGGUAUACACACCCUUAUUAUAACUUGCACAGCCAUGUGGUUUCAAACUAGGGAAGAUGAAAUGACCGAGGAAGGUAUUGUAAUUAAAAUUAUUCCAUUUCAUUUGUCAAUUUCGAGUAUUUCAUCGCGACUAUUAUUAAAAGCGAUAUAAUUAAAAAUUAUUAUUAUUUUAUUCAGAAGAGGAAGAGGAAUAUAUAAUAGAAAAAUACGAUCCAACUAUCAUGGCCAGAAUGCAUGUGGAGAAAGAAUCUGAAUUGGACGAAUUGCUGACCAGGCAACGAUACGAGCAUGAAAAGUUCGAGGAGGUCGAUUACAGCUUGCGGCCCAAAGUUAUAAAAGCGGCAGAAAGUCAUUUGAAAGCAUCUUUGAAAAGUUAUAUGCUGAGACCUGUCAUUCGUUCCGUGGAAAUGGACGAACCAUUGGAAUAUCUAACCGAAAUGAGACAAGUGGUGAUUCUGUUCAUCAACGUGAUCACCGUCGAUGCGUACAAAGAAGUAUUAGUCAAUUUAGUGAAUAUUAUUUAUAAACUUGUGUGCCAGAUCGUCGGUGAAAUGCACGGAUGCGUGAACAAGACGUCUCUCUUCGACAAAGAUUUGAUGUUCCUCUGCGUGUUCGGUUUAAGAGGCGAUAAGCACGAAUUAGAGUCGCAGAUCGGCUUAAAAUGUGCAUUUAAAUUAAGAUCGAUUCUCAUAGAGAUGAAUAAUAUUAAAUCUGUGACUAUAGCUGUAACCACAGGGAUGACGUAUUGUGGAGUAAUUGGACAUAUUUUGCGAAGGGAAUAUACAGUGAUUGGAACGUCGGUGAAUAAAGCUGCGAGGCUUAUGGUAGCGUAUAAGGACAAGGUGGUUUGUGAUCGAGAAAGUUUUCUUCAUUCUCAUCUCGAGUCUGGUCAUUUCAUUUUACAAGAGCCAAAAUACUUGAAGGGAAUCUCACAUGUUGGACCGAUAUACGAGUUCCAAGAACAUCCAAAAUUCAUCUCGCCGUAUUUAGUUUGGAAUUCAUAUCCUUUACUCGAUCGAAUCAAUGAAAUGGAAACGUUUACAUCGAUGUUAACAAAAUUGAUAAACUAUAAUACUAUAAUUAAAGAAGAACGUGGUCCACGACCAGAAUUCAAUACUCUUGUUAUAAAGUUGCAGAUCCCGUACAUGAUGAUAAAUUUAAUAUUUUCAAAACCUCUUGAUUUCACCGCGAUGUCCACGCAAAAAGAACGCGAGGAUAAAAUACUUUUGCGUCUAGGAAAGGUGAAAUACCCGUAUUUCCUGUGUGUUUUCAAUGAGCCUUUCAACGUACAAUUCCCUAUCACCACUGAUUACAACAAUUUAAACGAGACACAGAAACGAAAGCUUUUAAGGAAGUUCUUAUUAAAAUUAAUAAAAGGUAGUUUCAGAGAGUUGUGGGUGAAUAUCAUUGAUGAUGCGGAAUAUAGCGACCCAAAUUCCUUAGAGGUAAUAGAAUUGGUUGGAAUAGACAAGUGGUAUCAUGCUGCGUUAGCGUGUCAGAUGCUUAACGUGAACGGUCUGCCUGCGGAGCUUGAAAAAAUAAUACAGGAGAAAAGUUUCGGUAAUCCUGGUUGGAUCGAAAGUUAUCUGUUGAGUCUUCUUCAAGUUGGAGAUAUAGAAAUAGUAUAUAUAACGAGAAGAGAGGCGAAUAAUAAAGGUUACGUGUUACCCCCUGUACAUAUGUUAAAAAGGUAUAUUUGAAAAUCAUGCUCAUUACGCAUAACGCAUAAAUACUAAUACCACGAAAUUUUCAUCAGACUUACUUCGCAAAUAGAUGAAAUUAGGGAUGUUCGCGAUGAUAGAUGGCAGAUGUACAUGGCAAGUUAUAAGGAAAGCAAGCCUUUGGAGCCAAGGCAAGACAAUAUACAUAAACAUUUGAGUAUCGAUCCUGAGGAGACUAAGAUCGCCGUUUGCAACAUUACAAAAGAUUUCAUGUAUGAGGACGAAAAUUCUGAAAUUACGAUGGAUGUUAUGAUAUUGAAGCUUUUCGAUUCAUUAACACCUCUCGAUCAAUUUAUAUUGAAGUGUGCUUCCGUGAUCGGGGAAACUGUAAAUAGACACAUGUUAGAAAGUUUAAUGCCCAUCACUUCUAAACGAGACAUCGGUCUUGCUGUUACGAAACUCUUCGAAAUACGAAUCUUUGGCUGCGCAAUCGGGGAUUUUACCAAAACUAAAGGCCCUAUAAUAUUUAUCAAAAACAUAUAUAACGAUUUGAUAAAUAAUGAAUCAAAUGUCUUCUGCAAGUGUAUUGGCCUUACUAUUCCAGAUGAAUUGAAAGAUUUGCCAAAAUACGCUUCUUGUGGGUUGAUAAGAUUCAAAAUGACGAUGUUCCGUGAAACUACUUAUCGAUUACUGACAGAAAAUCAGAAAAUAGAGUUGCACAAUCAAGCGCUGAAAUAUUUGCAAUAUCAUACAAGACGUUGUAUUUCUUGCGGAGAAGGUCGAUUCGUAAAAUUAUUAGGAGAGGUAUCGAAAAUAGAUGAAAGAAAGAAAACAAUAGCAGAUUUAGAUGAGAUAUUCGAAGAAGACAUUUAUGAAGAGGAAGAUAUUGAAAAGGAGAAAAAAGGCAAGAUAUUUCUUACUUGUAUGAAUAUAUUUCGAACUAUCGAAAGAAAACCAACACUUACAUUUUCGGAUUUGGAUUUUUCCAAUUGUUUAUGUGAUUUGAUAUUAAUGACUACGUAUACUCAAAUGCUUGACCAUUGUCGUGGUAUUGGAAAAUUGGAUAUAAUACUAACUGCUCUUUUAGAAUUUGCAGAAAUUUGUAUAAUUUCUUAUAAUAUACCGCAAGCUAGAAAACUUUUAAAAGAGAGCGAAGAUGUUCUCGAAAAGCUACUUGAAUUGGACGAAAACGAUAUAGUUGUUUUUCCUUUUUUUGCUGCAAAAAUACAAAUUCUUCAAGGCCAAUGUCUCCUUGAAACCGGCUCCAUUUUUGAAGCCGAAGAAUUAUUCGAAAAGGCAAUGUUCAAUUUAGGAUAUAAAUUUCCAAAAAUUGAAAUGAUGAUCGAUAUAAAUUCGUUAAUGCAGUUAUUUAAUCUGAAAUUAAAAUUCAUUUUUAUGAAAGAUAUUAAAUAUUUCGAAGAGGAGUAUCGGGAUUAUACUCAACAAUUAGCAAUAUGUUUGAUACAAAUGUUUAAACUCUACAGGAUUAGAGGAAUGAAGAAGCACGCUCGUUUAGCAGCUAUUUGGAGUUUGAACGCAGCUUUGGAAUCUAGCAAGGAUACAUAUACUCUCUGUAUAUCGCUCAGCAAUAUGUUAACCACUGCACAUAUGUAUCAAGAUAGAUAUAUCAUACCUUAUUUAGAAGAGAAGGGUAUUCUUAUUUCUAGUGAGAGGACAAGAAUACUCGAAGCUCAAGAAUUGAAAGUGAUCGCCCGGCUUUACGCGGCAAUAUUUUUUUCUCGAUGGUUAAGAGCGGACUGUGCGAAAGCCAUCCACAUCGGUUUUAUUACUAAUAGAAUAGCCACUAGGAUCGGAUCCAUAUCUUUGAAAAUAAUUAUGCUACCACGAUUAAUUCAUUUGUUGCUAUUAUCAUGUCGACUCUCGGAAGCAAUCACUCAAUUAAGAGAAUUAGAAUUUGUGUCCCAUAAUGAUUUUGAUAAAUCUGGACGUACUUGGUACUACGCACUUUGCGCUGACAUUUAUUUAGAUACUGGAAUGUCAAUUGUUUCUUUUCAAAUUUGCGAACAGUAUUUUCUUCAUGAGGGCGAACGAAUGAUAAGUUUAUACAAUCCAGAAGCAGACAAUCGAUAUUUCACAUGCAUGUGGCUAUGGUGUAUUAGAAAUGAACAAUGGGAUGCUGCAAAAGUAUGGAGAAAUAGAAUCAUAGAAACCCCUAUUAUGGAUGAACAUAUAGUAGCAGCAACAAUAACUUUUUUAAAAAAACUCGAAGGGCUAUUAAUUCUUUAUGUGCAUAAAUUAAACACCAGAAAUAUAGCUGCAACUAUUACUAUGAGAGAAAUAAAAAAUAUGUUUAAAUAUGCAAAAAAAGUGACCAAGAUUGUUAUAAUCACAAUUCCCAGAUAUAUGUUAUUAAAAGCAUAUUAUUGGAUGAUAAAAUCACAAAAAAAAUAGAGCAAUAAAGAUGUUAAAAAAAGUAAAAAAAAUAUGCGAAAAAAUAGAAAAUAAAUUGAUCCUCAUAUGGGCACAACAUUGUGAAAAGGUUUGGUUAAGCGGAAUUUCUCCUCUACAUACAGAAAUGUGGAAAGAAAUCUCGAAGUUAAAUAAAUGGGAUGAAAUCAAUGCAAAUAAUUCACAUAUGAUAAUCUUUACUUUUCCUCUGCCAAACUAUCUUUUUUUGUAAUUUUUUAUUUCUAAUUUUAAAACAAUUAUAAUAUAAUAAUAAAAUAUAUACAACAA